UCAUAAAAGCUCAAUAACUCAAUUUUAACCACUUUUUCUCUUCUCUAACUCAACAAAUCUUUCAUUUCCUCUACAUUUCUAUCUAAAAAACUCUCACAACUUUCAUUUUCAUCCCACAAAUUUCACAUUUUCGAGUUUCUUCAUUAGUAAAUAGUCAAAGAUGCUUCCUUUUGCUCGGUUUAUGAGUUUGGACGGUUGAAAGGGUCGGAAUCGAGGUUCACACCGGAAAAAGGUAACUGUUUACAUGGUUUUCACCACUUUUUCAGUCUGUGUCGCGAUGGUAGACUGCUUUAUAUGUCUACACCAAUGUGUAGACGUACGAUUCCGUCUAUUUGUCAACGAACAAGUCAGUUUCGCAAUUGACUUUUUUAACUUUUUUUGGAACGCAGACUUCCCCAGCAGUCUACAUCCUUACCUUUGACUACAAAAACAAAAAUCUACGUAGACCUACCAAGACGGCUACGAAAAAGAGGAAAUGACUCAAUUACCGGCCGUAUACGGAGAAUGGGUGGAGAAAGGCUCAUUGUGGGAGUUUGUGGUCAAUAAAAAAAAGGGAGGGAGAAUGUUCCCUUUGAAAGAUGGUUGUACACAUGUUGAACUUCUUCAAAUGGUACAAGAAGAUUAUGAUCUAGACAAGAAAACCGAGAAGGUGGUGCUAACGUAUUCUUUACCAGACGUCAUUUUACAGCAAAUGGCUCCGGAUACUCCUCCUAUGCAUGUCAUGAAUGAUAGACAAGUGCAGAAUUUGAUCGAGUUGUCUAAGACACACUGUGUACGCCUUUGUGUAUCAAGCCAGAGCGAAAGAGAAGCUGAAGAUGGUGACGAUGCUGAUGUGUCUGAUGAUGAAGAUGCUGAUGAAGAUGCUGAUGAAGAUGCUGAUGAAGAUAGUAAUGCUGCUGACUAUGUUCAAGAAAGUGGUGAUGUUGCUGUUGAUGUUGACGAUGGUGUAAACUACAGUGAUUAUGGGAAAGUGAAAGGUGAGGAAUCUGACGAGGAUGCAAAAGAAACGCUGUAUGAUGGCCAUAAAGCACAAUGCUCUGGUAGUGAAAGAAGAUCCUUGUCUCUUAAUGACAAUAUAGAUGUCGGUCAGAGUUUUGCUAGUAAGGAUGAGCUUGUUUUAAAGCUGAAGUCGAUUGCUGUGAAGGGUAAAUUUAUAUUCACAGCAUAUAAGACAACGAAAACUCUGUAUGUGGCUAAGUGUAGUGUUCAAGGAUGUGGUUGGAAGCUUAGAGCAAGUGUGAAGCAUGGACCAAACACAUUUUGGGUGACAAAAUAUUUGAAAACUCAUACUUGUUCAGUGGCGGAUCGGAUGGCUCAGCGGAAACAUUAUACUCCAAAAUAUGUUGCAAGGCUAUUCAUAGAUCGGGUUGGGAUUAUAGAUGGGCUUACACCGAAGCAUAUCAAAGACGCGAUGAGGAACAUGUUUGGGAUGAGCCUAGAUUACAACACUUCGUACCGAGCUCUAUUAGCUGCCCAAGUGCUUGUGAGAGGAACAGCAGAAGAUGGAUAUGAGAAUCUGCCUUCUUAUUUGCGUCAGAUCGAGAUGUCGAAUCUGGGAACUGUCACAUGUCUUGAGAAAGAUGGUCAAAACAGAUUCAAGUAUCUAUUCCUAUCUUUUGGAGCUUCGAUAGUUGGUUUUAACUACCUUAGGAGGGUUAUUGUAGUGGAUGGGACUCAUCUAUGUGGAAAGUAUGAAGGUACCUUGCUAGUUGCGGCUGCUCAAGACGGUAACUUUCAGAUAUUUCCAUUGGCUUUUGCGAUUGUCGAUGCAGAGAAUGAUGAGUCGUGGGAAUGGUUUUUUACCAAUUUGCGGAGGUGUGUUUCAUCUGAUUAUCCUUUGGUGAUAGUUUCUGACAGGCACGGUUCCAUUAAGAAGGCCUGUGAGAAGGUUUUCCCUUGGGCAAAGCGAGGGAUAUGCUAUUAUCAUCUACAACAGAACAUAGUCCAAAAAUUCAAGGGAAAGCACAUGUUGUACUUGGUCAAAGGCGCUGCUUAUGCACACACGCUAUUCGAUUUUGACCGCUACAUGGAUGAGAUAAGGAGUAUAAACCCUGCUCUUGCAACAUAUUUGGAGAAUGCUGACGUCUCGUUAUGGUCACGAGUUCACUUUCAAGGUGACCGAUACAACAUAAAGACUAGCAACAUUGCAGAAUCGAUCAACUCAGCACUGAAGCCAGCCAAAGGAUUUCCCAUCUCAUUCCUUCUAGAAUUCAUACGCGAGAAGCUAGGAAGGUGGUUCUAUAAAAGGAGAGAAGAUGCUUUGAGUCUCACAUCACAACUUAGUCGGGGAGUUGAAAAUUUGUUGGCUAUUCGUGAAGAGUAUGCAGAUAUGAUGAGUGUGGAACGAAUUGAUGGUUGGCAGUUUCUUGUGAGGGGAGGACAUCGAGAUUGUGUUGUUGACUUACAAUUUCGGAGGUGUCAAUGUGGUGUUUUUGAUAUUGAGAAGAUACCUUGUUCACAUGCCAUUGCAGCUGCAAAGGAUGUGAAUAUUCAUGUCUCUACGCUGGUCUGCCCAUCAUAUUCAAAGAAUUAUCUUUAUGCAGCAUACGCGGCCAAUAUCUUUCCCAAAAGUGACGUUUUCGAAGCUCCCACGGAGGACAAAAGUGAUGAUGCAGGAGCUACCACUGAGGACAGAAGUGAUGAUGAAGGAGCUACCGCAGAGGACAAAAAUGAUGAUGCAGGAGCUACCACUAAGGACAAAUGCCUACCUCCGGAAGUCAAGCGUGGUCGGGGUAGGCAAAAGAAGUCGAGGUGGCAGUCUUGGCUAGAAAUUUCCAGGAUGAGGGGAAAGCAACCGCGAAAACUGCACAAGGAUUAUAGUUGCUCCCAAUGCAAACAACCGGGUCACACUCGUCCACACUGUCCAGGUUAAACCCUAUGGUGUCUUUUGUCUAUGUUGAAUUUAUCAGCUGUAUUGCUUCUUUGGAUGUUGUUUGUUUUGGAUGCAAUGGAUGUUGUCUUAUGUGUUUAUCAGUUGUAUUGAUGUUAUGGAUGUUGUCUUAUUGCUUUGGAUGUUAUCUUAUUUUGUAAUGU